GAAUAUUUGUAGAAUUGUUCACAGUUGCUGGGUUUUGAACGCUUGUGCGUCUUCGAAGGAUUAAAUCAUUAGUUGUUGCAACCGUCUGUGUUAGUUGCGAUGGACGAUUAUAUUAAAUAAACUUAUAUUUUUAUUAGUUAAUAACGUGCAUGUCAUUUUCGAAUUGUUAAAGAGAUCAACAGCAGCAUUUUAGGCACGACAGCACGUUCAUAACCUCAGAAAUAUUUGCGUAUACUGUAUAGGAAUUUUGUUUCCAGCGAAGUGAGCAGAAAGAUAUGAUGAUCGGAGAAAGAUGGUGCCCACAGUGACAAGUGGAACUCGGAAAACACGGGAGCAGAAAGUGAUAUUUGUACAAAGAUGAAAGAGGAGGUCGAAGUACCAAAGGACAGUGUAGACUUUAAAGUGAUAUACAACAAAAACAAGUAUGACGUAAAUUUCCUACUUGAUGGCACGGUUAGCCAACUGAAGCAACAUCUGCAGGAUAUAAUAGGAGUUCCUCAGUCAAUGCAGAAAGUGAUGAUAAAAGGUUUAGCGAAAGAUGAACGCACUUUGAGAGAGUUGGGUGUUGUAAAAGGCGCAAAGGUGAUGGUUGUAGGAUCCAAAUUGGAUGAUGUUCUUGCAGUAUCGACACCUAGCAAACAGGAUUUGCAAGAUGAGAAGACAGCUGCAGCAAGCAAGGAACCAUUUUGCAAGCAGAAACAACACAGGAAAGUGUUAGAUAAAGGUGUACCAGAGGAUGUCAUGCCAGGAAUUAAGAACUCCAAGGAUGCUCUUCCUCCAUACCCACUGUCUGGAAUGCUGAAUAAAUCCGGAGGUAAGGUACGUCUGACGUUCAAGAUGGAGCAGGAUCAGGUAUGGAUUGGCACCAAGGAAAGGACAGACAAGAUCCCCAUGAACACAAUCAAAGGUGUGGUCAGUGAGCCCAUAGAGGGACACGAAGAAUAUCAUGUCAUGGGAAUUCAGCUCGGUCCAACAGAGGCAUCUAGGUACUGGGUGUACUGGGUUCCAGCACAAUAUGUUGACGCCAUCAAGGAUGCCAUCCUUGGAAAGUGGCAGUACUUCUGACGCUUUUUUCCCUGUUCUAAGUCUGCAUCGUCAUCAGAAUGUGGUAUGGUGAAGUGCGUUGGUUUGCCUGUGUGGGAAACGGGACAGAAUUCAUGUAUGGGUCUUCCAAAUCAAAAUAUAGAACUGUUAUACUAAUAUACGAGUAAAAACGUGAAGAAAUAUAUUUAGUUUGGAGGCCUGAUUGGUUAAUUUAUACAUCACUUUUGAUGACAAAUAUGUGCAAUGGGUGAAUUUUGCAGCCUUCUUUGUAACAAUAUUGACUUCUCUGUGCUCAGUGUUUCAUAUUGACAGAAGUUCUGAAGCAAACUUGGUACCGGUGUAUAUGUGUGUGGGUGUGUGGUUGAUGGUAUUGAAAAUUGUGUUUCUACUUUUAUUAUUUUAUUUUUUAAUCAUGCCAUCCUUAGUUGUAUGGAUAUAAUACAAAUAAAUACAAAAUCAUGAGGGAUCUGAAAUUAUGGCUGUCAAUGGAAGAGUUUAAAUGAAGAAUUGCCCCGGAAUGUCUUGGUGUUGGUGAGGCUAGUCAUUUGUAGAUUGAACCAAAGGGGUUGAGUUUUAAAAGCCGUAGUCAUAUGGCUGUUAGAUGGAAGUGGACACUUUGUUUUUAAUAUUCUUCAUUAAUAAAAAAGUCUGAUAAUAUUUUAAAAAAUAUUUAUACUGUAAUAUGUGCAUCACUGUGCAGGUAAAUUAGUUAUUUGAAACUGCAUGAGUUUAUUUAAUUUUGCAUUGCUUUCAGGCCUCAUUGAUGUGUUUAAACCAUCUCAUUACUAAAUUGUAUCAUCAGUAACUGAUAUAACUGUGAAAAUGGUAUGAUUCAUGGGGAUAUUGUAAAUAAAUGCUUUUGUCUGAUUG